AUGUCAAAAUAUCAGAUUAUUACAAAGCAAAAAAGAAUUACCCAGAUCACAAAAACUUGUCUGCAGCCACAACAAAGCUCUCUAAGCAGCUGUUAGCAAUUGUAGGCAAUAAAUAUGUAACCUCGAGUUGAUGGGUUGUUUUCUCAUAAAUGAACUUGAUUUGUUCCCACAGGUAGGGGACCCCCCAAGAGGUUUUCCAUAGGGUUCCCUACUGAGAAUAAAUUUCUCAUUAAGUAUAAAGCAUAAACACCAUAAAGUGGAAAAAAGGUUAGCAAAGUGGUCACAUGAUUUAGGGUAAGGGCGGGGCUUUCUUUUGAAAAAGAGAACCCCACAAAAACUGGCACUAAAACCAGUAUGAAACUCACGUUCCUAUUUAACAGUCUAACUGUCCCCUAACUGCUUGAACCUUCCAUUAUCAAUGGAAGUUCAGUUUUCUCAUCAGUUUCACCUUCUUUCUGCCUCUUAAACCUUCAGAGAAUCAAAUAGUUGUUGUUCAAAGACACAGGUUCAAGGAAUCUUCUUCAGGUUUUUUUUAACAUGAAGUGGAGAAAAAACAAACCUUCUUCAUCUUCAUCUUUAUCCUUCUCAUCCUCGUUCUCAUCUCGUUUUCCUUCGCUUUCUCGUGUGCUCCCCACCACAUGGCUUUCAUCGUUCAAGCGAAUGAGUAUCGAUUCUGAAGCAAAACCUGUGAAGGAGAAGCAAAAAGAGAUGAAGAAUUCCAAGUCGGUGAGCUCAUCAAAGUUUGCUGGUGAUGGUGAUGCUGAGGCUUUUUGGAGGUUGUCAUUUGGAGAAGAUAGUGCUGAUGGCAAGACUAGUAAAACGGUGUCACGAUCGGAUUGGUACGAUUCAGAUGAUGAGCUCGAUUUUGUACCCUCGAAUUGUCGAACCUGCGGAUCGAAUGCUACAAGGAUAAAGGAAAAAGAGGAAGCUAAGACAUUCAACAGAAUGGCUUGCAAUGCAAUGUUUCGUAGGGAUAUGCAGAUUUUACCUGAUAUCAAUAUAUACAAAGGAGAGAAUUCGACAAUACUCAAGACACCGAGGAGCAGGUUUACAAUGGAGAUAGACUCGAACUCGAAGAAGACAAAUGGAAGAGUAAGAACCAUGGAAGAGAAAAGGUUGAAUAGACAAUACAAAUCAGGUGAAGCACAGCAUAGAUCAGCAAGAUCAGUGGAAAAGAACACCUUGGGAAAGGGUGAUUAUCAGAGAAAACAUCAAUAUCCUUGUACCAUGAAUCUAAGAGCCUCCAAUUUAACAACAAUCAAUGAAGACUACGCCUUUAAAGCUCAUAAAUUGGCGGAGACUGAUGUAUUUUCUCCAGAAGAGGUUAGUUCAGAGGGGAGAAAGUGGAAAGAAAAGAAAAUUGAAAAGCCGAAACAGAGGAAAUCUAUUUACAUGAGCAGAGAAUUACCAAGGAGGAGAAUGAAGCAUAACAACAAGGUCCGGGUUUUCUCUCCAAGAAUAGCUUCCAAAAUGAAAGCUCUUGAAGACAUGAAGAAGGCCAAACUGAAGAUGAAGGCAGAAAAACACAGCACAAUUAGCCAAAGAACAGACUUGGAGAACUUUGCCAUGGUGAAAUGCUCGUUCAAUCCGGAGAAGGAUUUUCGAGACUCGAUGAUGGAGAUGAUCAGGGAGAACAGGAUCAGUCAACCAGAAGAACUAGAGGAACUUUUGGCUUGUUAUCUGACACUGAAUUCUGAUGCAUACCAUGAUCUCAUCAUCAAAGUGUUUCAGCAGGUAUGGUUUGACAUGGGUCAUGCCAAUUCUGAAAUAAACUCACAGAAUGAACGAUGUUCCUUUUGAUCAAUAUCUUUCUCUAGUGAUGAUGACCAAAAUUGUAAAUGGCUUCCUAGUUUCUAAUGUUAUACUUGCAAAAGAUGUUUUUAAUUUGCAUUGAUUUACAGUUUUAGUUUUAAAUUCACAGUUUGAAACCUUGCAUACUUGUAUCCAUAUCUCAAUUGUAAUCAAAGUUCUUGGACAGGUUUUCCUCUACUUUUCUCAUGUUAUAAUGCUUCU